UAUCUAGCGGUACACUAUUGAAACUGAACAGGUGCCGAAACUGUUCCGACACGAGAACAUGACUUCAGCUUCUCCUUCAUAAAAAAUCUCAUAACGAGCUUAUUAAAAAAAACAUGAACACGAGCUUUUACUCACCCCGGAACUAAUUCACUGGCACAUUACUGCUCCGAAAUUACAAUCUAACCUAUUCCGGACCCAGAACAGAUUCCGAACCUUUUCUAUGCGGUCGACCAGUGUGCCCGAAUUGUCUCUGCCUGACGUUUGUGUCGGCAUGCGGUUUCGACGCGUCCCGUCUAUAACACCCGCUUCAGUGCUCGAACACAAACGGCACGCUUAAAAUCACUGAAAAGUUAUCAUUUUCUCUGCUCACCUCGAUUAAAUUACGCUCAGCCAGUUUAUUGUGUGCCUGCACCGCAAAAAGGGAAACAAUUUCAUCCCCCCGAGCACGCCCAGGUGCGUCACACACGAGGCCACCGGUUUGAACGCGUUCGAACCUGUCACACCGAAGGGUUGCGUGCAUGUUUGUGUGUGCGUGCGUGCGUGUGUGCACUGUUCCUUCAACGCCGGAGACACACGGUGUGCGUGUGUGCAGCAAAGCAAAACUCGACGAGCGGUCAGCGACGACGAGCUACUUGGACGCAGCUUUUCCCUUCUCGGCACAACCGUACACGUUUUUUUGCACUUUUCUUUUGUUGCUGUGCGCUGUCCCAAAGCAGCCGGCUCCCGGUCCAGGUGGCAACCGUUUUGCGACGCAAAAUAUCACCAGCCAAAGGUGGUGUACACCAGUGAGCGCCGCGUGGUAGUGUUUCCGCUCGUCGACGCGCCUCCAUCCCCUCGACAGACCAAACACCGUGUGUGUGUGUGUGUGUCGGUGGAAGUGUGUGUGUGUUUGUUGUGUGUCGUGUGCGCACCGUGUCAGCUUACGUCGUUCCGGGGACCGUUUCCGGAGACCGACAGGCUCGAGCCGGAAGAAACCGGAGCCGGGUGGCAACAGCGCUGAACGGUCUCGAGACUAAUUGACGCGUGCAAGCGUUCCGCGUUAGCGGCGGGACCAUAUUGCGCAAGGGCAACACUUCCAGCAACCCCCUCUCAUCCCGGGCCGGGCCGCACGCCCAUCAACCGGCAGCCGCCUCGCAGCAAUCAACAACACGACGCGACGCAACAAUGAGCGAAAGCACAUCGACCGCGACGACGUCGGCCGCGAGCAGCGCGGAGGACAAUGCGCGCAAGGUGCAACAGUACAAAGACAACCUGAUCAGCCGCGCCGAAACACUCAUCACGAAAGAGUUCCCCGAGCGGAUCGUGCGCCUGAACGCCCUGCUCGACACGCCGCAGUUCUCCGAGCGCAGCUUCACCGACGUCUAUCAGGAGCUGAACAUUCCAGUCCCGGAACCGAUCCUGGUGGAAGGGGAGGAAGGCAGUGAGCGGAAGCGUCCCCGGCUCAACUCGAACACGCCCAGCCCGGCGGCAACGGUCGACGGCAACGGCACGAAGGUGCACGCCCUGCCGACCGGGCGGGUCGAGUGCAACAAACCGAUCGGCGAGCUGGUCUGCAUCGUGAAGCCGAUCAUCCGCGCGCUGGUGGAGGACUCGAAUCUGCUCAAGAUGUGGAUCUCCUUCAUGAUACCGAAGAUCGAGGACGGCAACAACUUCGGCGUCUCGAUCCAGGAGGACACGCUGGCCGAGAUCCAGUCGGUCGAGACGGAGGCGGCCGCCUUUUUCGACCAGAUCUCGCGCUACUUCGUGUCGCGCGCGAAGGUGGUGUCGAAGGUGGCCAAAUACCCGCACAUCGACGACUACCGGCGGGCGGUCGCCGAGCUGGACGAGAAGGAGUUCCUCAGCCUGUGGCUGGUGCUGAGCGAGAUCCGGAAUCGCUACUGCUCGCUGCACGACAUCGUCAUCAAGAACAUGGAGAAGCUGAAGAAGCCCCGCUCCUCCAAUGCGGACAGUUUGUACUAAAAACAACAACCAACAAAAAAAUGGGGGAGGGAAAGGGUUUUUGUUGACCUCGGUCACACUGUUCCCACCACUCUCCCCAGCGCACCCUUCUACUUCUUUUCUGAAACAAAAACACACACACACACCCAAACACACGUGCCAGUGGGUGUAUUUGGGCUCCGCUGAUCACUCUGAUCUGCAAAAGCUGCAUCUUGGCGGCUGGCAAUUAAAAUUCCGCAAUUCACGAAGAUAUCGCAUGACAGCACAUGCCGGUAUGUUCUUCCCCUUUCCCGCUAUCAAUUUCAACCAAUUUACAAUUUCCUUUCCUUUGUUUGAUGCGCAAGCGAUGACAAGAACAACAAAAGUGAAAUCCCUAAUAUGGUGCAACUCCCGUAAAUCCCGUCUCGUAAAUCGUAACCGCCAGGGAAGCGACAAUGAUGGUCUGAAGAUACGGUGUCUUUGGAUUUUUAUCACACCAUCCACACCCACACACACACAAUUCUAUUCAGACCUUCCUCCCCCCUAAUACGGGUCCAUAUGUGUACUCUAUACAGCAACGUAUUCGGGGUGAAUAAAGCAACCUCUAGGAUAUAUUGAAAAAAAAAAAUGUAGCUUUUGCGCGAACGCGUUCACUUCACCGAAAAAUCUUAGCCGCUUAGUCGCACGGGCGGAUGUGCGUAUAUCACCACACACGCGGAAGAGGUUUGUGCUGUGCUAGCUGUUUCAACCACUAAUGGUAAAUAGUGGAUUUUAUGUUUUAAUUUUCGUUCAGUUUAAAUGGCCUUUAAGCUUAUUGCUUAGGCAAGUUUUGAGCCGCUUCAUUUGCAACACUGCGUACAUCAUCUGGCAACUUCCUUUACUACGGAUAGUCACAUUACGGUAAUGUAAACUUAAAACAUAUUAUUUUCGCUGCUAUUUCUAGAAUAUCGUCAAAAGAAGAUAAAAAGUAAAAUCAAUUCAAUUUGCGCAAAAAAUAAUUAAAUUUGAAUAUUUGGGUAUUGAAAAGACCGCGUUAGUGUAGUUAAGCAUACCCUUCAAGUACAA